AUGUCUCAACCGUUACCAAUGCUCAAUUGGACAACUGGUUUUUGUGCAGCUGUUCUGCUCGGCAUUCUAGCGUGCAGGAGACGGCUUGCUACAAAUAGUAGCCUCCCACUCCCUCCUGGACCCCCUAGCCAUUGGUUUUGGGGCACUAAGAUUCCAAAAUCUGCCAACGUCGCCUUCCUAUUUUCCAAAUUGGUUGACGAAUACGGCCCUGUAGUUUCAAUCAAGCAGGGGCGCAAAGUCGCCAUUAUCAUCGGCAGACAUGACGCUGCAAACGAGAUCAUGGAGAAGGAAGGUGGAGCACUGGUGGGUCGACCACGCUUAGUUGCCGCUGGAGAGAUUGUGUCCAAGGACAUGAGGCUCCUUCUUUCACAGUCUGGUGAUCAGUUCCGGAGGCUGCGAAGAGCUGCCCAUACGCACUUGCAGGCGAAGGCUGCAGAGACAUACGAACCACUUCAAAUGUUCAACGCCAAGAAUGUAAUUUUGGAUAUCCUCGACGACCCUAAAGAACAUAUCAUGCAUGCGAGACGUUAUGCUACGUCAGUGAUAUUGAGGGUCACUUAUGGGAAAACGACGCCAACAGCCGUGACAGACCCUGAGAUGGUCGCAAUCCUUAAAGUAGUGGACCAUUUUCAAACAGUCAUGCGCCCAGGUAACUUUCUCGUCGAUCGGUUCCCACUCUUGAAGUAUAUACCGGGAUAUGGCCGCAUCCUGGAGAAGUGGCACCAGGAAGAAUUGGCGCUGUUCCAUGACCAUAUGGAUCGAGUAAAGAGGAACAUGGCAGAGGGCAAGGCAGAAGCGUGUUUCAUGAGAUACAUGCUGGAAAAUGCUGAAAAGCAUCAACUUUCCGAAGACGAGAUGGCAUAUCUGGGUGGGGCUUUCUAUGGUGCUGGCUCAGACACAAGUGCUGUUGCCAUCAUGAAUAUGAUUAUGGCUGCUACCCUUCAUCCCGAAGCGCAAACCAAAAUUCAGGAAGAACUUGACUUGAUUGUGGGGCGUGAUAGAGUGCCGAUAUUCGCCGACCACGAUAUGCUUCCUCAACUUCAGGCAUUCAUAUUGGAAACUUUGCGAUGGAGGCCUAUCACGCCAUUAGGCAAGUACCGAUACAGAGUUCAAUGUUUCGCUCACCGAGCCACAAGUGAUAUUAUCUGGAGAGGAUAUCGCAUUCCGGCUGGAGCAACCGUUUAUGGUGUUCAUUGGGCUAUUACACGCGACCCCGUCGUCUUCCCUGACCCUGAAAAGUUCAAUCCUGCGCGAUGGUUCGACAGUGAAGGGAAGAUACGAACUGACAUCAAGUCAUUUACAUUUGGCUUCGGACGACGCUCUUGUCCCGGCCAUCAUGUAGCGAAUAGGUCUAUAUACAUUAACGCCGCAUUGAUCUUCUGGUCAUUCCGCCUGUCGCAAAACCCUAUGGCUCCUAUCGACCCAACGGCUUUUGAAGAUGGCAUGAUCGCGCAUCCUAGGCCUUUUGAUGUGAAGUUUGAGCCCAGGACGGAGGAAAAGGUGCUCAGGCAGAUGAUGGAGAAUUAUGCUAAAGAGUAA